GAAAAAAAAUCACCCUAAGAAGUAAGAAUGGCUGCCCAUAUUGGUGAUCAUAGUGGAUACAAGCAUAACCAAGUAGCAGUUGUAGCAAUCCCUCUUCCAAUUCAAGGCCACCUCAAUCCACUCCUCCGUCUCUCCCACCUUAUCGCCGCCUACGGAAUCCCCGUCCACUUUGUUAGCUUCGCUAGCCACAACCAGCAAGCCAAAGUUCGAGCUCAUGGACUAGACCAAAUAAACUCAACUAUAACCAUGAUCAAUUUUCAUGAUCCUCAUUUCAUUCCUCUACCUUCCCUUACUAAUACUAAACAAAACAAUUGUACUACUAAAUUUCCUAUUCAUGUAACACGCAUUUGCGAUGUUUGUCACCUUCUUGAACACCCUAUAUCGGAACUUAUAGGAUCUCUUUCAGCCAAGUUUAAAAGAAUCAUUGUUAUUCAUGAUAGUCUCAUGGCUUCACUUGUUCAUCAAGAUGCAGUUAAAAUUAUCUCAAAUGUUGAGUCUUACACUUUUCAUACUAGUUCCGCUUUUACUAUAUUCUUUUUUAUGUGGCAUUCAAUGGUUGAAAAACCAUUUAAUCUGAGCUCUGACAUACCACAUUAUGUUCCAUCAAGCAAAGGUUGUUCUAGUCCAGAGUUCGAGAAGUUUGUAGCUGAUCAAUAUAAGCUCGCAAACUUAAGUUCCGGAAGACUAUACAACACUUGCAGAUCACUGGAAAAUAAGUACAUGGAUCUUCUUACACAACUUCCAGCUAACAAAAACAAGAAGCUUUUUGCUAUUGGACCUGUUAAUCGAUUGAUUAAUACGAGUUCGAACACAAGCAAGCAUAAGUGUUUAGAGUGGCUAGAUGAGCAAGAGAGUGACUCAGUGAUCUAUGUCUCGUUUGGAACCACAACAUCAAUGACAGACGAACAGAUCAAAGAAUUGGCAGAUGGGUUAGAUAGAAGCAAUCAGAAGUUUAUAUGGGUUUUACGAGAGGCGGAUGAAGUGAACAUCUUUAAAAAAGAUGGUACAGCAGUAGGAGAACACUAUGAUCAGCUGCUUAAGGGGUACGAGGAGGCGGUCAGGGGCCGCGGAUUGAUGGUUAAAGGUUGGGCACCGCAGCUUGAAAUCUUAGGACAUGAGGCCAUAGGUGGGUUUAUAAGUCAUUGUGGGUGGAAUUCUUGCUUGGAAAGUUUAAGUAUGGGUGUGCCAAUUGCAGCAUGGCCUAUACAUUCUGAUCAACCAAAGAAUAGUAUGUUGGUUACAGAGGUGUUAAAAGUUGGUGUGGUGGUGAAAGAUUGGGCGAAUCGCGAUGAGCUCAUAACGUCGAGUGUUGUUGAGAGUGCAGUUAGAAGAUUGAUGGCAUCAAAAGAAGGAGAAGAGUUAAGGAAAAGAGCAAGAGAAUUAGGAGCUUCUGUUAGAGGUUCAGUUGCAAAAGGUGGUACUUCUUGCUUGGAAUUGGAUUCUUUUGUGGCUCAUAUUACAAGAUGAUCACUGAAAUUUUUAUGUUGUAGAAUAUAUUUAUGUAUUAUUAGUUCGUGACUUAUAUUUACCUAAAUAAAUUGAGAAUUAUUUAGGGUAGUGUUUGGGAAUGAGUAUUUCAUUUGAAAUGAUUCAUUUGAAAUUUGUAUUCUCAAAUCAUGGAAUUUAAAAUCAAAUUCAUUGUUUGGUAAACUUAAGAAUUUCAAAUUUAGGAUUUCAAAUCCAUUUCCAUUG